CUGUCGGCUGCAUUCAAGAGACACGUUGGCUACGCGGAAACUCGCAGAAACUUCUCUCCGUUGUUGGAUUCCGUCGCGUGCGUAUCGGCGAGGGCUUUUGGUAUAUAUAUACCCCAGGAAGUACCACAGUCAUACAAGCGCCAUGCAGCUGCAGAUUCGCGGACAGCAAACGACUAUCGUCGCUUGCGAGGAUAAUGAGAAGAUACAAUCCAUAAAGGAAAAGCUUGCGAGUGCGCAAGGCAUCGAGGAUGAGUUCCACCUUUAUUGCAAUGGAGCUUUGUUAGACGACGACUAUUGCGUGAGCGAACUGCCGUUGGAUGUGCUCGAGUUGAUCGUACCCUUGCGGGGAGGAAAAGUGCACGGUUCUUUGGCGCGCGCUGGCAAAGUAAAGGCCCAGACACCAAAGGUUGAAAAGCAAGAGAAGAGCAAAAAGAAGACGGGGCGUGCUAAGCGACGUAUCCAAUACAACCGUAGGUUCGUCAAUGUCGUCCAGACCUUCGGCCGCCGACGUGGACCUAACGCCAAUACCAAUUCAUAAGAAAAAGUUACCGCUGUAUUAUUUGUUACAAUAAAUUCUCAGAUAAAAUGCUAUAACUGAAA